UUUCGAUAUGUUAAAAUUCCGCCUAAAACAAUAGACCGCAGUGCGAGGCUCCGAGGAAUAAAAACAGAGUUUGCGGGGUUUAUUCCCCGGAGCCUCGUGUUGAGGUCUAUUGUUUUCGGCUGAAUUUUGAUACAUCGAAAUUUGUCUAUUCUGAUGUUUUGGCCUCAUCGACAACCCCGACUAUCAAUAAAAUUGGUCUUAUCUGUAGUAAGUCAAAUUUUGCUAGAAAGAAUUUUUUAAAGAAUUCACAACCAAUACACAUGGGCUUGAUAUGGAAAUGGUCGUGACAAAUAUAUUUUAGGAAAGAGGUUCCGAGUGGUAAAUAUUACGUGUUUUAUUCUUAAACGUUAUAGGUUUAAAGGACCAGAAAGACUUCAAAACGGAAGACUCGUCGUUCUUGUAAGCGACAGAUCAAAGGCGGCAGGUUGUUGUACAGUCAUUGUAGGUCUCCAAUAGAGGUUCUUUCUUCAUACCACACCAAAAUGCGUCCGAGCAACACUGCAACAACCAUCAACUCUUCCAAUUCCACAUUUUAUUGCCGGUAUUCUCCAAACCUAUCAUGGAACUUAAGUGACUCCCAUUUUCACUUAAUCAUAGCCGUCAUGACAUUAAUUGCUUCACUCUCUACCAUUCUUUUAAACGCUUUGGUGAUCAUAGCCAUAAAGCAAAGGAAAGAGCUGCAAAACCUUCCACACAUUUUGUUGUCCAGCUUGGCAGUUACAGAUCUUCUAGUCGGCCUUACGGUUAUGCCGCUAUCUAUCACUGUUGAUGUCUUUAUAUUCCUUCGGCUUUCGUUUGAGCAUGUGUGCUCGUUACUGUUGGCGAGUCGUUGUUUUGGCCCCUUUCUCUUCUCAGCUACCUUACAUCACUUGACUAUUAUUGCUUGGGAGAGGUACGUGGCAAUCCAAAAAUGGAUGAACUACAAGAUUAUUGUCACAAAAAGGCGUCUCAAAAACCUUGCUACGGCUGCCUGGCUCUCAGCGCUUCUCCCGUCGGUUCCAGACUUUUUGAUGUUAGUGCUCGGUGUGGAUAGUAGAUUUUUGGCCGCCUGGUUAACUGUGUGGUCUUUUGUAUGGACAGCUUGUGUAAUACUUAUUGCAUAUUUCUACCGAAAGGUUUACCUUGGAAUACGCAAUUUGAAAACAAACGAAAUCAGUCAAGUCAACGCUCUCAUGAAAUUGAAGCGUGAAUCUAAAGUUGCAGUGACGACUGGCUUAUUAACCGCCGUUUUAAUACUCUCUUUUCUCCCAAUAACUGUGGUUGCCUUCUUAGGAAACGUUUUCUUGGUCUUUAAUACAAAUGUCGCUUUCCGAUUUACAUGGGCAGCAACGCAACUGAACUCUUUAUUGAAUCCGCUGCUCUACUGGUAUAGAGAUCGCCGUUUCAGAAUUGCCAUUCUCAAGCUGGUGGGAAUGAAAUCUCCGCCUCAAAAAUUUCAGCCGGCAGUUGAUGCCGCUCGAUUUAUCACGCGAAAGGAUCCUGCGGAGCUCAAUAACAUAGACAAUAAACCUACUAUGCUUGUCCCACAAUCAUGAUCGUUCAAUCCACCAGUGGUUUUACAUUCUGUUCAUGGAACACGGAAUGAAGCUAUUUUGAAAAAGUCAUCUUCUGCCCCCGUGCUUGAGCAAUGCAACAGUUCCUUUGAAGGCCUAGACCUGCAGCAGCCUUCUUCCAUCGUAAUAACCACCGCUCCAAACCAUGCCGAAAGCAGCGUGCAA